UGAUGAUGAUGAUGAAGAUGCCCGCUACAGGUGGACGACCGCAAGGAAGAUGGAGGAGGAAGAGGAGGAGGACCAAGGCGGUUGAAGGACGGAGACGGAGGAGCACAGAUGGGAGGAGACGACCCCGAAGAACCGGCGGCGGCUGAGACGAACACAGGAAACCAGGUCCGACGUCAGACCGGACGAGACCAGGUCCCAGAGGACGGAUGCCCGGAUCGCAGGCGGGACACGUCAUUGGUGCAGGAGCUGUCCAUCAGGGACUCGUCACUGCUGCUGGCAUCCGCCGACCGGUGAGGCAGAGUGGGCGGAGCUUCAUCUGCCAGGACAAACAACACAUUUUGAGGUCAGGUCAGCAAUGAAAGGAGGACGUCUCCAGGGAAGAUGGCCACAGGUGUGCGGGUGGAGGCCCAGACCCAGCUGACGGCGGCGGUCGGGGGGGACCUGGUCUUCCAGUGCAGCUUCGGGUUCUCCGGGACCUGGAAGAUCCUGUGCCGGCAGGAGUGUCAGGGGGACGGGAUCCUGAUCCAGACCCGGGAAGACUCGGCCCAGAACGGCCGCUACAGCGUCCGCUACGACCGGAGCUCCAACAGCGUGCUGGUCCACAUCUCCGGGGUGACUCGGUCCGAUUCCGGCUUGUUGCUGUGUGGUCUGGCCGCCCAGACCUCCACCUACUCCGUCUGCAUGGCCCAGGUCUCCGUCACCGCCGAAUCGGUUCCGUCAGUCGAGAACCCGACCGUCCAGAAUCCAGCCACGCCGUCAGGAGAACCUCCUGAGGGCCCCGCCCACAGCCCGGCGGGCGGAGCAGCAGUGUCCCUGGUCGUCGUCUUGCUGCUCGUCUCGCUCGCUGCCUUCAUCAUCUACAGAAAAAUCAGCAAAUCCAGAGGUCUGAAGCGUGAAGGAACGUCAGUGGAAACAAAUAUGGAGGAAGUGCUCUAUGAGAACUGUCCCCCGGACCGCUCCCAGCUGGACUACGAGCGUCUGGAUCCGGGCAGCAGAGAGAAGCAGGAUUACACGCCGCUCGCAGAUUAGCCGCUCCGGAUCAACGUGACGCCCAGAAAAGUCUGAACUGUGUGAAACGUCUGCUGAUGAUGGUUAGCAUGUUUAGCAUGUUUAGCAUGUUUAGCAUGGUUAGCAUGUUUAGCAUGUUUAGCAAAGUUAGUGUGUUAAAGGAGAAUCUUGGAACUUUUGCUCUGGCGCUCCCCCUACUGGUCUCCUGUGAAAGCUCUGUCAUAAACGUUCUCUGCAUCACUUCCUGUGGCCUGAACCCACUUCCUGUGGGCUGAACCCUCUUCCUGUGGGCUGAACCCACUUCCUGUGGGCUGAACCCACUUCCUGUGGCCUGAACCCACUUCCUGUGGGCUGAACCCACUUCCUGUGGGCUGAACCCACUUCCUGUGGGGGGAGACCAAGAUGGCGGAGUGAGGAGACGAACUUUUGCAGGCGCUGGUAAAUUAAGGCUUUUUCUUCGUCCUUAAUGUGAAAACAUUUGAAAAAAGCAAGCCAACAGCUCACUAAUCCUCCACAGAACUGAGAACUUGGACUAAAGGCUGAUUUUCAUUCGUUUUUUGGCAACAUUGAAGCUUUUUGUUGAGCCGACAUGCUGAGUGAACAGACGACAGUAAUAUGGCAGCUGGGUGAGUCGGAGUGUCGGAGGACCAGGAAAACAUGGAAGAGGGACCGGGGAGAAACUCCGAUGACAAAACACCAGUGCCAAGUCCUAACCCCAAAAAGCUCAAAAGAAAAUAUCAAAAAGAGAACAAAAACCAAAGUGGAGCAUCAAAUGAAGAUAUCCUCGAGGCUGUCAAGCCUUAAUUAAGAGAUUUGAUGACCAAGAUGUACGCCUGACCAGGUUCCAGCGCAAAAUGGAGGAAACUAUGCAAAAUGUGAAGGAAAAUAAAGAAGAAAUUGGCAAAGUGAAGGAUCAAAUGGCUCAACUUCAGAAAGAAAACGACACCCUCAAACAAAUGUGUUUGGAUCACGCUCGUUAUAAGAGGAAGUGGAACCUUCGUCUCAUCGGUCUCCCUGAGAAAGAAAGAGAGGAAACCAAGGAGGUCAUCGUCGGCAUCCUCACCCGGAUUCUGCCGGUGUCAGUCGACAAGCUGCCUGAAACGGUGGAUACAGAACGAGGGUGGACCCAAAAGAAUCCGGAAUUUGACUGUAACUUUUUAUUUCUGACAUUUCAAAAUAAAACAUCACUGUCGCCUUCAAAAUAAUCUCCAUCUGCAUGAAU